AGAAAACGCAAGUCACGAUCUUGACAGUGGAAGAGUUACCGGGAUCGCGCGAUAUCGCAACCGGCCGGCGCGGACGACCCCCUUCAUGCAGCUCACCCAGCUCCACGUGACCAACUUCAAGAGCUUCCGCGGAAGCCACGCGAUGGCCUUCUCCCCCGGUGUCAACUGCAUCACGGGGCCGAACGGAGCAGGCAAGUCGAACCUCCUCGAGGCCAUCUGCUUCGCGAUGGGCAGCAGCGUCCUCGCCACGUUUCGCGUGAAGCAGUGGAAGGACCUCCUCAACUGCGCCGAGAAGGAAGCUAGCAUCAAGCUGACGCUCACGACUGCAAGCCAGGGAGAAGCCUCGGUCGGCGUGACACUCGCUCCGUCGGGGCAUCGCGUCUACUACGUCAACAACCGCGCCAAGGCCAAAAAAGAGUUGAAGCGCUUCCUUCGCGCUUCCUGUGGCAUCAACAUGGACGUCUCCCUGUGGCUCAUCCAGCAAAACCUCGUGCACAAGAUGGCCUUGAAGAAGGAAGACGAACUUGCCUCGUACCUCUGUGAGGCAGCAGGCACCAAGUACUUUCUCGAGUGUCGUCAAGACGCCAGCCUCGCGAUCGCCAAGUUCAAGCCGACGCUCGCUGCAAUCCAAUCAAGCAUUGCCCACUUGGAAGCAACGCUGCAGCACCAAACUGCCGCGUUUACGCGCAAGGUGGACCUUCAAAAGCUCACACAUGCAAUCGCGCUGCAAGAAGCGUCGCUCCAGCGGCUUCAAACCGAGAAGCGCCAGGCCCUGGAAGCCGAGGCGGCGCGAGCGCUGGCCACCAUCACCGACCACAUUGAAACGUGCCAAGCAGCGCUGGAUGAUUUGCAUGGCCAACAGCAUGCAAUGCAAGACGAGCUCACUCGACUCGUCAAGAAAACGCCACCGAAGUCCCUCGACGUGAUUGAGAAUGCGAUGGAGCGGUGCUCGUCAACCAUCGAAGAGGUCAAGUAUGUCCUUGCGGCAGCAACAGCCCAAGAAACGACGCUGCAAACCCAACUUGAAGCCAUGCGUCAAGAUCACGAUGUGGCGCGCCUCGAGCGGGAUGCAAGCCGAGACUCCAUGGACACGCAGGAACAGAUCAUUGCCAAACUGACAUUCGAGCGGCGAGCACUUGCCUGGUACUCGAAGCUCGUGAAAGACGCGCAGCCUUGGACAGCUCCCGAUACAACGAGUUGCAUUCGCAAGUCGCUUGAAGCAAAAAUGGCGGACGCCAGUGACGUGCCGCUAGCAUCGGGCUCUGCAAAUCGUCUCGCAGAGAACGGGGUUGCUAUGGAGACGAUGCGCGCAGAGCUCGCUCAGCUUGAGACGGAAAUGGAUGACCUGCGUCAAAAGGCCGCACACGCAGACCGCGCGGCGCUGAAACGUGCUCCUACAAGCACUAUUCCAAACGAUAUGGACCGUCUUCGACGAGAGCUGCAGCAGCAGCAACAAACGUACGCUGACCAUGAGAUGCGCCACUUCCCAGGCCUUCACGCGCAGCCACCGCGCCAAGGAUCGGGGGACUACGGGGCCUUGGUGUCGCUCUUUCGACUCCAGCCGCACCUCUCGGCGUGGUGGCCAGCUUUGGGUCUCGUUCUUGAUGGACAACUUCUUCACCGCGUAUGCGAUACGGCAGAGACGGCAAAAAGCAUUCUGAACGCACAUCACCGGCGUUGUGGUCUCUUGAUCUGGCCCCUCGCGCAGCUUCAAGUUCGUCCGCGCGCGUGGGAUUCAAAAUGGAGCCAGCUCCAGCGCGAGUUUGGGGAUCGCAUUCUCGAUCCUCUCCAGCUCUUCUCGUCAGAUUAUGAUUGUGCGUUGGAGCUUUGGCCUUGCUAUCGUCGAGCCCUUGGGGCGUGGCUCUUCGUGGACUCGGAUGCGACUGCCAAGCACAUUCUUCAGCGAUUUGGCAUUCCAUGUGUCACCAAGACACUCAACAUGCACAGCUCCGGGGUGCUGACCGGAGGGAGCAGCCCUGCCCAAGCCCGAUCCACGGGUCUUUUGAACGCGGUGCAGCUGCAUGCGCUUUCAGAUCGCGUGUCGCUCUUGCGUCGUCGGGAGGCCGAGCUGCUUCAACGCCAUGACGACCACGAGCAGGCAAUGCGACACCGUGACGAGCACGCUCGCAUUCAGAACACGAUUCAGCAACUGGAGCACGAAAAGUCCCUCGUCCAGGCGCGUUGCGCACAGCUUGACGAGGAGCAUAUCGAACUCAAGCGAGACGCAAAAGCAGCCGUUCACCAUCAGCUCCAGCGCAGAGUCUUUGUGGACCUCGGCACGAGUCGCACAGCCUUUUGCAAAACGACGACGCCCGACUGGCACCAAGAACUCGCUCGUGUGCUCGCCUCCCUUCAAGCGAAAAACGACCAACUGCACGCUUUGGAGCACGAACGACGCUUCCAACAAGCCAAGCUUCGCGCAGCAGGCGAGCGCUGUGAGACACUUGCAGAGGAAGUUGCGGAUCUGGAGCAAGCGCUUCACGACGCCAAGUCGUACGUGCUUCAGCACCAAGACAAGCUCGGUACGCUGGAGCAAGAGCGCGCCGACCUUGAAGUGCAGCUUGGUGCGGCCAAAAGCCAGCACGAGGUGUAUCGGACCUUGCUGCAAGACAAACGUCAACUGGACAUGCGGGUGGCUCUCGAAGAAGAAGAGCUGCUCCAAUGGAACGAAAAAAAGGCGGCGCUGGUUGCUACUUCUCUGCCACGACAGCGACCCUCGUCACGCCUACAAGGCACGAGCACGACCGCACGAUCCAGCGCCGAGAUUCUAGCUGAAAUGGAGGCGACGGAGACCGAAUUACAGCAACUGCAGGCACGCUCGACGCGGCUGGUGAACGACCGAUCUCUGGAGCAUCAGCACGUGAACGCCGAAGUGAUUGCUCGCAAACAACACAAGCUCGUCGAGUGCCGCGACCACGCGGCCAGCAUCGAUGUUUCGAUUGCCAACCUUGAGACUGGUAUCUCGGUGACUUCGGAUCUCAGCGCCAAAGUCCAAGAAAUCGCCUUUGCAAGUGUCGGCGCAACGUUCGAAGCCAUCUUUUCUCGCCUCGUACCGCUGAAAAGCGCCACAUUGCAGGCCACCCGAGCGGAGGCCCUCGAGUGUGGGCUCUACUUUUCCGUCAAUGGAUCACGCCAAACGACGCGCGAGCUGUCGGGCGGUCAACUGACACUGCUGGGACUGGCCUAUGUGUUUGCGCUUGCACACUACAGCGCAUCGCCUCUCUACAUUCUCGAUGAGAUCGACGCGGCAUUGGACGAGCACAACCAGCUUGUCGUUGCCGACUUGAUUUGGGCGCACUUUGGCCAGAGCCAAGUUUUUUGCAUCUCGCACCACGAGAGCGUGCAUGCCAAGGCGACAACACUGCUCAAGGUCCGAAAAGACGCUGCGUCGACGUACGUCGAGGUUGUGCGCAAGUAGCAACAUGCAACGCAAAAUCAAACGAGCGUGGAUUCGACGUUGCUUACGCACAGCGCGCCUCGUCCUUCUUGGCGGCGGCAAAGUCGCGCUCAAAAGCAUACGGCGGCGACUCGUCGCCGGUCGGGAUC